GAAACUCGCGCGCGCCUGCAACUGUGACGUCAAACGCCAGUGGGACGCGACUUCCUCACCAGCCCUACCGACCGCGCUCUCACUUUCUAUAGUAUACUUUCUUGUCAUCUUCCACAGCAACCACCCACCCAAUUUUGUUCACAUGGGACAAGAGAGGCCAAUCUUUGUCAUAUUUUACUUCUCAUUGUAAUGACCUCGAUUUUAUUUGAAGCGGCUAUCCAGCAGCCGGACAACGACGCGUCCAAUUCGCAACUGCACAAACUCGUCUCUGCACGCGAUUUCAGUGGAUCGAAUCUCCCCUCGGUUGCAGAGGGUUAUCUUGAGGCCUUUUGCAAUACCGAUUUUUCCGUUGUACGGCGGCGAUGGAUCGGCAUCGCGCUCGCGGGCAUGCUGGAGAAGCCCAUGGUGGCUGCACACAUUAAAGGGUCGACACAGCUUCUUCACAAUCUGGGUGCCGUCAUUCUGAGCAGUACAGAACAAGAACAGACUAAGAUCAUCACUGGAAUUAUCAUACGGCAAGCAUUGGAGCAAGGCAUCGAAUACAGCAGCUUCUGGUCGUCGGAGAAGGUCAGACACAGUGCGCCAAGUUUUCCACUCAAAGCCGGUGCGAAUUGGAUGCACGACUUACAAACCUUUCUCGACGCUCUGAGCGACCUGGCACUCACGGGACCUACCGGUGAGCCCUCGAUCGUGUACUUAGUCUCACUAUUUGCCUCGGAUGAAUUCAGAUGGCGGGAGUCAACUAGUGUUUUCCCUAUCGCUCUUAUCGAGGCUGGACUGUUAACCAUCAUUGCGCCUGACGAAUACCUCAAAGAGUGCCAGUUUGUGGAGAUACCUAUCGAGCACAUCUUGAGCAUACGGUCAGAGCCGUCGGCAUUGCACAACUCGCAGGAACAACAUACAGAGCAUGAACCGUGGGACCUCAUCAUGACAAUCAAAUCAAGUCCAUGGAGCUACCGGCUGAACUCCGCUCAACGCAUCGCGACCGAGAUGUCGCUAAUGUUCAAACAUUCUGGAGACGCGUUGGAGUGGAAGAGCCGCAUCGAGUCUUAUAAGAAAGUGCAUAUGCACCACUCGGAAACGCCACACAACAUGCCUAUUGAUGCCAGUUCACCUUCUGUCCGGAGUUCAAACACCAGGAGGUCGCUUCAAAGUGGCUUUCAGCUGCAUCGGACAGACCGCAUCGCUACUAAGAAAAGUAGCGUUUUGGCUUCUCUGCGACCACGUACACAAACUCCUCAAGCUGAUCCACAGGCGCUCCACGAACUCCAGCCGCAGCAUCAAUCAACAAUAUCGAGACGCACAACACGCAGCAAAGGAAAAUUACCUCGUAUAUCUCAGGCCGCAAAAGAGAAGAUCUUUCAGAAACUCAAUGCGGAAUCUGACGCGCAACCUGAGGAUCUCGACGUAGCCUUAGAGAAUGCUCACAAUGAUGCUUCAGGUACUCCAAUCAUUAUGUCAUCACCACGAAAGAGAUUACAGGGCACAAAAGUUGUUCCAGGCAAGAACACAGUCAAGAGCAAGUCAAAGGCACGCAUACCACAUACCAAACAUAUAGCAGACGACAAUGAAGACUUCGUACCAACUCAAACAAGAACAAAGAAGAAGACGAAUACAAAACGUAAAGCAGCACCAGACACUACAGCUGAAAACGAACCAAGGAAGAAGCCUCGUAACGAUGUAGAGUCAAGCACGACCGGUUCGAAAGAGCAGGAUCAAACAAAUCCGCUUGUAAGACCACUGAAGCCACCAUCUCCCGUCAUAUCGUCACAGCACACCUCAAUUGGAGGACUCAUAGGUGCCCAGAGACCUGCCGAUCUCUCUGAUCUCCCAUUCAAGAAGCCGACAAUCCCUACUAGGGUUGCCCAAACACCUUCGACCCCUACCAAGCCAAACAGAACGCCCAUAAAAGCAGUAUCGCGGCCGAAAACUCCUAUGGAAGCACGAAGGCGUUUUGACAAUGACACUUUGUGGUAUAUGCCGUCUUCACCACCUGUGACCGAUGACGCCGAAGACAGCAACGAGUGGCUCGAUGUUUCUGUUGAGACCUCAAUACUCUCUAGCAACAGCAAACCUACCCCUGCGUCGCCAAAUGCGGAAUCGACAGCGAUUUCUGGCCAUGCAGAUUGUAACGACGUAGCCUCCGAGAAGAAGACCGGUGAUUGGCAGACCGCCAAAAGUGACCCAUUCAGCCGGCGUUCCGUUGGCAAGAUGGCUACAUCGUUCCUACGCCGUCUGACUGGAGAAGAAUCAAUGGAUGCAGAUGAUGGCCCAGAUAUGAGCAUCUCGAACCACACGCCUCUCAAAGUCGCUGGCACUAGCAAGCCUCCUGAAGACCCAAGUUUGCACAAAACGACUCCAGCAUGGAUGGCUGGCCAGCAAUCCACCCGUGCCUCGCAAAAUUCGAUCGAAGAGACCCAACAAGCCACGAAGUAUCUACAGCACACCAUUGAAGGAACUCAGCAACUCGUCGACGACAUGCCUAUUGAGGAGGUACCCGAUGAAGACGAUGUGAAUCUUGAGGAUAUUACUUUCUUCGGUGAUGGCGAAGGCUAUCAGCAAGUUGUUAAUGACUUCAAUACCUCACCCGUCAAAUUCCGCUCCUCACCGCCACGUCCAGGCUCUUCUAGUAGCCAUAGUUCGAUAUCCGCUGCGCCCGAACCCUUGACUGACCCACCUGUACCAUCUUCGGAAGCUGACGAGAUACAGUGGGAAGCGAGCCUGCAGCCACAUCAGCGCAAUCUCAACGAAGUGCUAAUACGCACCUCGAAGCGGGUUAUGCGGCAUAUUGUCAACAACGAGACUAGUGUGACUGAUAUUGUGGAGAUGUACGCAAAGGAUGGCGACCAUCUACUCAACACCCUGAUUCAGCGACAUGAUACCGACCACACGCAAGUAUUUGAAGAAAUGGAGAACACGAAGACAAACCUUCGGGGGGAGCUCGAACGUGCUGCCAAACAGAUGGCGAAAGACAGAAAACGAUUCAGCACAAUUGCCUGAUGUUUGUGGAAUCAUGAUGAACAAUAACAAAGCCGUCGUAACAUUUUAUGAGGGAUGUCUUUUUGCAGGAUAUGAAUGUAUGAUAUUAGGAAAAUCUGUCCA